GUCGGACCCCCGUCUGGAUGUUUAGAUGCAGUGUGGUCGAGGACGAUUAUUCGGACUUCCCGAUCAUUUGAGUUUUAAGCGUAGAUUGGGGAAUGAUACGCUGUGGACUACCAAUCCUUACAUUUAUUACAGGGCAUGAAUGCCAAAGUUAGACCUCAAGUUAGCUAAAGAGCGUUUAUCAUAUGCGUUUCCCGGGGUUUAUGAGAAAAUUUGUCACGGACUCUGCAUUUUAAAUAGCAGGACACAAAUGCAAUGUCUCCAAUGUCGCGGAUAGUAACCCCAUAACAUUGCUGCAGCACUGACAGUCGGUGCACUGGCUUCGCAGAUAAACGAAUCCGUACAACCUUCUCGUUCACUAGGCGCCUGCCUGGAAUCCGAUUUUUCCUGUGCACGAUGACGGGGCGCCGGAGCUGCGUGAAUUCGCUGUGGUCAGGGAGCGAGCGGGUUCGCAUCGGAGAGCGGCUAAAAGCCACCCUGGCGGGAAUCAUGGAGCUGGAACUGCUACGCGGGCGACAACUGGAGCUGAUCGAUGCGGUGCUGGAUGAGAGCGGCAAUAUCGUGGAUACCGUCGUUCAGCAGGAGGCAAACCGCGAGAGUGCCGCCGACGAUGGUGCCGCAACACCCCGCAGGCAACAGUCUCCCCUGGCUGUGGAUGCCGUGCUGCCUGUCCCUGGGACAGGAGAAGGCGCGGUCUCGCGCUGGUCGACUCUCUCUUGGGACGUCCCAUCCGAGCUGCUCUCGCCUCCCACUCCGGAACCUGCCAGCUCCAGUCCCCUGGAUUGUGACUCCAGACCCAGCUCAGGUUUUUACUCUGUUAGUGGGAGUUCUCUGUCAGACUCCUGUUACUCGGUGGCUAGUGAGGCAGCCCCUGGAGGGCCAGUCAAAAUGGGGGGAACCUGCAGGCCUCUGUCAUUGGACCACAGCGCCACCCAGUGGAGGGAGGCAGACCAGCCGAAUGCACCGAGUUCAGAGGGAACCACACAAAAAGCAGACAGGCGGCCUGCUUCUACUGGUGAACUAGAGAUCGAUGGGCUUAUGUUUCUGACUGGUAUCUGCUCUGGUCUCGUACCAGCACAAAAGGGGUCUCUCUUGUCCACAUCCACCACCAACACACCGCUUCAGCUGGACCCCAAAUUCUGCUCCGACCUGGUGUCACGGAAAACAAAAGAGGUGUACCCUUAUCCUAGCCCUCUCCACGCGGUGGCCCUACAGAGUCCUUUAUUCACCUCUUGCCGGGAUCCGUCCCCCGUCUGCCACUCACCCAGCCCAGAAGAACCCCAGUCUGAGGAGACAGAUCCUGAACGGUCCCCUAUGUCCCAACCUCCACCUUCUCCAUCUCUCACACAGCUGGAGCAGUACAUAACCAGAUUAGUCCAUCAGUACCACAGCAGGGUGGCCGCUGAGAUGUCCAGUCGAGCAUCUCAAAACACAGCUGCAGGCCCAAGCCUUGAUGGAGUCCAUCCAAGGAGCGCUUCCUCCUCUAGCUUGACUGGAGGCAGUGUAACACCAUGCAAGUCAUUACUGGGCAACUCUGCUAGAGUUAGUCUGAGCAACGCUAGUAAGAAAGCUAGCCGGAACUCUAUCAACCUCGGAAACUUGCCCUCUGUCACUGGGGAGGAUUUCAACAUUAGCUUUCAUCUCAACUUAAAUUUAAACCUAAACCCAAACUUGAAUAAAACUCUGAGUUUCGAUGAUAAAAACCUAAAAGAACAGGUGUCAGGAUCCUGUGGACAUCUCAGCACUAACGUGACCACCCCAACUGCCUCCCCUUCUUCAUCUUCAAACACAGUCACCAACACUCCGAACUGGAGGAGCAGACCAAGAAUAUCCACCUGCCCAUCCACAAUCAGCCAACGUGGGUCACUGGAGAUCACCGGAAAGACCUUUUGUCCACUGAACUUCUCCAAGUCGCUGGACUGGAGUGGGGCUCCCCGGGAGGACGCAGAAGGCUGUCCACCUUCUACAGCCUCAGAAAGUCCUGCAAAACUGUGCGAGGACUCGCCGGUGGUGUGUGAAAUCUCGCGUGUUUCCGGGCUGCCCCGGUCAGUGGUGGUGGGGCUAAUGGAGGAAGGCGUGGAGCUGGAUGCGGAGUGCUUUCAGAGCGAGAGGGAGAGGGGUGAAGGGUCAGCGUCUCCGUGUAACACUCCCACACCCCAAUCCUCUCGCACAUCCCUUCAUAUGGCAUAUGGAGCAGAUCGGCCUAGUUUGUAUUCCAGUUCAGCGGCAUCAAACCCCAGGUCAGGAAGUGGCAGUGUGGAAACGGACUACGUUUCCCAGCCACACCGCCUGCAAGUUACCCUUUCCGACUCUUAUUCCACGCUCACACCACAGUCAAACAGCCCUCGUUCUGAUCAUUCCGGCUCUAUUCCUUCCCACACCUCCCCCAUCCUGCCAUUACCUCACACUCACUCGGACCCUGCCUCCUCACCUGGGUCCUCCCACAUGAGGGUACACUCCCCUCCUCGCCUGCUGACUAACUCGCCAUUCACACCUGCCCAGCUGUCCGUGUUCCGUCGGGACUCUCCGUCCCAGUGCUCCCUCCCACGCUUCCAGCCGUGCGGCUCCCCGCUAGAAGGCCACAUCAGGCCCCGUGGUGGUUCCCUCAGGCAGGACACUGGAGCUGGGGCUGGGUGGAGGUCUCAGGAAAGAGGCUGGAGAAGGAGUGGGAAUGGGGAGAGGCUUUAUCGGGGCAAGCAUGCCUCCAGAGAGCUUGUGCGAGCGUCCACGGUCAGUAGUUACUCAGGAAGGGAUUACAGCAGCUGCUGGGAGGAAGAGGCAAGUGCUCAGACUCCGAAAAAAGCCUCAAAGUACUGGAAAGGGUUUGAACUGAGGCUCUGGGGGAGAGAAGAAGAGACAGACAGGAACGGGAGGGUGGGAACAUUUAGCCGGCGACAUGCCUCCCUAAAAGAGACAUCGAGCAGAAUGCAGGAAGGAAAAGAGAACAACUCUAGAAAGAAAGGGACAACCUGGGAUGGCCGUAGCUCCAGCCUCCGCUUAUCCAGAAGAGCGUUAUUCCGGAGUGAGUCUCAGGGAUUCUUGGAGCCCCGUUCCCAAAAACGAGAAGAACGACUCCAAACCAGCCAGUGGUGCUCCACCUUGGAGGUUGGCCGAGAAGGACGAGGCACAGAAUGUGGGCGGAGUCUAGUGAGGAAAGAAGAAAAACGUCACUCUUCCACUGCCAGCCUCUUCCACCUGUCCCGCUCACAGAGCCUAGAUGGAAGCAGUCGCUCCCUUUCUCCACUCUCCUCACCUUCCCUCUCUCCCUCUCCACCUCCAGCAGCCCCUCUCACUCGUUCCAGGUCAUUCCGAGACCUUGGGAGGAAGGUUUUUGGCUCAAUGCGGUCCAUUAGUUUUAAUAAGAACCAGAAAUCAAAAAAGAAAGACUAAGCACAGAGGGCAAUCGUUUCCCAGUUCACAGACUGGUUUCUUGGAUGCAGAUUAAGCUUGGUUUCAAACAAGGAAGAAUAGUCAAUGUACAGUAAGGACCGAUCGUAUGAACUACUACAAACACAUUUGUGGGAUAACGAAUCUUAAUUGCUGCAAGGUUCAAUCUACAGUCACGUGGCUCUCUGCAAAAAUUCACAUGUGUCUUGGCUAUUUUAGGAACUUCUAAAAGAACACCUUAAACUGUUCUUUUGGCUAGUGCACUUAAAUAAGGCAAGGCACAUAAACAAAUAGUCAUUCAACCGAAUGCUCAUAUAACCAGAAAUGUUUCUUUGACUAAAAUGUGACUAAAGAAAACGCACUAAUUGCAAGUCUUUGCAAGUAAGUCUCACGAUCAGUUUCAGAUAUGGGCAACUAUGUAGCACUGUUACAUAAACGGGAACCAGGAUUAAUCUUUGCAUGGGGAAACCGCGGGUGGUGCCAGUACUGCCAAGUUACACGGCUUGAAAUGCUACAGUGGUGUAUGAAACAGCUGUUCUUUCUGCACAUUUAUAUGCUUCUGCAUGCUACUCUGUGCUGUGUCUCUGUGCACUAUUAUACUCCAUGUGUACCAGUGUGCUUUUUAGUCUAUAAAUACUUUGCACUGUAUAGUGUUUAUACUGUAAGUAAAAUGAAUACUUUUGUGCACAUAAAGCACAAACGUAUAAACACAUGUAGACCAAAAUCAGAGAAAGUACUGCAGUAUCUUGCAUAUUACCUGUGUGCUCAGGAUCUUAAAAUAAAAAAGUAUAAAUAUCAUAAUUUGAAAUAAUUAACUAAUUUCAGUGUUAAACUAUCAAUCAAUAUUAAUAAAGAUUUCAAAUUAAACAUAAUCUUGAUUGGUUUACAUUAUGCUGUUACGUGAGUCUAAUGCAGUGGGUCCAGGUGAU